CUCCCGGAAGUCGGUUUCGGUGUCGCCGGGCUGGCUGCGCUGGUUGCCGCCUCUCCACCUCUCUUCCUGCAGCUGCUGCUGAGAGGCGGCCGGCGGGCCUUGUGCUCCGCCCCUCCAGCCGUCAUGCCGGGCCCGCAGGCCGGGAGUAGAGCCCGGGUCUAUGCCGAUGUCAACAGCCAGAGGAGCCGAGACUAUUGGGACUACGAGGCGCACCAGCCCGCCUGGGGGAAUCAGGAAGAUUAUCAGCUGGUGAGGAAAUUGGGCCGUGGGAAGUACAGCGAGGUGUUUGAGGCGAUAAACAUCACCAACAAUGAGCGCGUGGUGGUGAAGAUACUGAAGCCAGUGAAGAAGAAGAAAAUAAAGCGAGAAGUGAAGAUUUUGGAGAAUUUGAGAGGAGGAACCAACAUCAUCCGACUGCUGGACACCAUAAAGGACCCUGUGUCCAAGACUCCGGCCCUGGUGUUCGAGUACAUCAAUAACACAGACUUCAAGCAAUUAUAUCAGAUCCUGACAGAUUACGACAUUCGAUUUUACAUGUACGAGCUUCUAAAAGCUCUGGAUUACUGUCACAGCCAAGGGGUGAUGCACAGAGACGUCAAACCGCAUAACGUCAUGAUUGAUCACCAGCAGAAGAAGCUGCGGCUGAUAGAUUGGGGGUUGGCAGAAUUUUACCACCCAGCACAGGAGUACAAUGUGCGCGUUGCCUCCAGAUACUUCAAGGGCCCGGAGUUGUUAGUGGAUUAUCAGAUGUAUGAUUACAGCCUGGACAUGUGGAGUCUUGGCUGCAUGCUAGCCAGCAUGAUCUUCCGCAAGGAACCAUUUUUCCACGGUCAGGACAACUACGACCAGCUGGUCCGUAUUGCCAAGGUCCUGGGCACAGAUGAGCUGUACAAUUAUCUGAAGAAGUACCAUAUAGAGUUGGAUCCCCACUUUAAUGAUAUCCUGGGACAACACUCGCGGAAACGUUGGGAAAACUUCCUGCACAGCGAAAACCGGCAUCUGGUGAGCGCGGAGGCUCUAGACAUUCUGGAUAAAUUACUUCGCUACGACCAUCAGCAGAGACUGACCGCCAGAGAAGCCAUGGAGCACCCCUAUUUCUAUCCAGUAGUAAAGGAGCAGCAGGCUCAGACAGACCCCAAUCUGCUCCCUGGCAGCAUGUCAACAGCUCGAUGAGGACUGGGCAUAGUGGGAUGCCGCUGCUGUUUCCACCUUGUUUCCGUGAGCAGUACCGGGAGAGGGCUCCAGAACAUUGAAUGCGGACAGUGUGUGACCGAUCCCAGCGGCUCCUGAAUCCCAGUACCCUUUCCUUUUACUGAGACACUGCAAUGGACAGGCUGUCUGAGCCCCCCCCCCAAACAGAGCGAAACAGCCAUGUGUAAACCCAAUGGGGGCCCAAGUCUCAGCCCCUCCCCUGCCCUUCCUCCAUCCGAGGACAGGAAGCUUCUCUGUACCUUGACUUAACCCUCUGCCUUCUGGACGGAGUUCCUUGUAGGGUUGUCAGGUCUUACCAGGGUGAGCUGAGCCUAUGACGGGCCCAGGUAGGUGCCCUUUCCCUGGGUGGGUAGUCCAUUUACUAGUUGUGCUGUUACAGGGUACACCCACCUUUCUUCAAGCAGCAAUAUCCCCUCCAGUGUUGCUUUUCUCUUUUUCUUUUUGUAUGACCAAUAUCCAGGGAAGUUUUAAGUUAUGAUGCCAAGAUUCUGAGCUCUGGGCUAUUACCAGUCUUAAUUUUGUGUUUUCUGAGUGCGGCUGUGUCACUGCGAGCAGAGGGGAUUUGGGGGACACCGAGGCCCUGAUUGGAGGUUUGGAUGUGGAGACACGAGGCAUUGUGUUCGAGGGGCUUACUGUAGCUAUAUGUCACCCCCUGUCUGUCACAUGACAUCCCCCCUCCAGUGACACGUUCAGUGUUUGUUCUUUAGCUACCUCGGAGAGCGGCCCCGCAGUGAUCUGCUGGCUGUGCAAUGCAAGCUACAUAAUACAAUCCUCCAGGUGGAUGUGAGGGAUUUCAUGGAGGGCACAUUGUGCGGUGCCGGCGGACUCUUCUUGUGGAACUGUCGAAAUUCAGUGUUAUGUGGGGCUUGCGGCUCUCCUCCUUAGAUGUUUGCAGUAUAGAUGCCCGUGUUCGGCACGGUGCGUUUGGGGGGGUCAGCUUCGUGUUCCCCGCUCACGGUUUUGUCGCUGUUACACAUGACACGAGCGCCGUGUUCUGUCUCGGCCGUGUUUUCUCCUCCGUUUCUCAGGUGGGUCGGUGGGACCCAUUGUCUCUCUUCCCCCUCCAGUGCCCAGCAGGGUGAGGUGCGAGGUACAGACUGGCCCUUGCCUGACUGCUCUGCCACCCACUUGGAAUCCAGUCUAUAAAUACCUCUGUUCAGCAUCUCAGUGUCCGUCUCCUUCACUGUGUGUAUGUUGUACAGGUGAUGGCAGAGAUGGGAGCUGUGUAUGUGAGAGUUCUAUGGGCCCAGUGAUCCCUUUUCUAGGGAUGUGUGUGCAUACGUAGAUAAAGUGUUCCCUGGACUGGGGUUGUGUGUGUGUGCGCGUGCACGUGUGUGUAAGUGUUCCUUGGUGGGCCCAUAUUAGGGUUGCACCGAUACUGUUAUUUUAUUUCUUUUUUUAAUUUUUUAUCAGUCAGUGGAAGUACUAAUACUUUUGGUCAAGUACUCGCCGAUACCGAGUACUAAUACUUUGCGUCAGUGCAAAAAAAAAAAAAUGGUGCAAUUCACACUGCAAAGAAUCAGGUGAACAGGACAGAAAUGUGUUGUAAUUCCUGUCUGAAUCGCAUUCAACGUCUCCCAUUGCUCCCCUGUGUAUGUAGGGAAAAGCGGCAUCUAGUGGGCAGUUUAUUAAAGUACACAUCGGGGCAAAUGCAAAAUCUUCAUAGGUUUUCACGGUCCCACAGAUGAUAGCAAAUCACAGUUGCUGGAGGAGAAGUUAUGGGCAUAAGGUGGAAGUGAUGUCUGCUUUGGUGAUAGACCGCCUUUACAGCGCCUCCAGGAGCCGUGAUUUUCUGACCGCCUUGACAGCUCCUCCAACAGCCAUCGUUGGCAGUACCGGGACACAGAUGAAGAUUUCGCAUUUGCCCACAUAUGUACUCUAAGGUCUAACAUUUUUCACAAGCUGCGCUUUUUCCUUUCUACGCAGUGGGGGAAAUUGACAUGUGCCGUGGACAGGAUUUGCACUGUAUUCCUGUUCAAAUCACAUGCUAUUCUCUGCAGUGCCAUUUGGGCCCAUUCAUUUUGUUUUGAUGCAAAUUGCACCGCAAAGUUUCAGUAUCUGGAGCAUUUGCACCGAUACUUGUGCAAAUGCUUGGUAUUGGUGCGUCCCUAGCCCAUGUGAAGUGUUCCCUGGUCUGGGAGCUGUGAGUGUGUAUGCCAAGUGGGUCGGGCAAGUAUGAAUUAACUCAAAGUGAAGUGAGUAAGCGUUGUUCAGGUGGCUGUUGAAAGAAGGGCUUUGUGUACAAAGGCAUGGAUGAGUCUGGUGCUCCCUGACCCCCCCCCCCCCAUAUAUCCUGUUGUGUCUCUGGAACAGGAAGUGAUGGGAAAUCUCUUCAAUAGGACACAGUAGUAAGCAGAAAGUGAGAAGACAAUUGUCCCUAUUUCUGUUGGGUUUCCCAUCACAUUCACACCUGGUAAGAAUAUUAUAUACAAUGGUGACAAAUAGAAGGCGAAUCUCCCCAUCAUGGGCACCGACACAAAUUCUUCCUCCCCCUCCUUCAUCCACAAUAAAAAAAUUUUAGAGAAUCACACAUCCCUGACUGUAAAAAUAAAUUUCACUAUGUCUGCUCCAUCCAAUGUCAUGGGAGGAGUCAGACUUUAAAGUGGUUGUAAACCCUUACAUAUACCCUGUGAAGUGAGUGUCCUUAGGUGAUACACGGAGAUGAAAUAAAUCCUUCUACAUACGUUG